GGCAGGGGAUGGAACAGGUGCAGCGGGGGAAGCAGCAGUGUAAUGGCUCAAACACCACUCUUUUCCGUGUCCAUGGCAACGCAACACAAUGGGCCAAAGCCAAAGCGAACAUAAUAAGUGAAAAUUUCGACUAUUAAUGUGCGCAAAAUGUUUGUUUACCUGAGUAAAAAGAUUGCCAUUCCCAACAAUGUCAAGCUCAAUUGCAUUGCCUGGAACAAGGAGGAGGGUUACAUUGCGGUGGCCGGCUCCGAGGGUUUGCUCAAAGUCUUGAAACUGGAUCAAGGGGCAAAUGGCCAAAACAAAGGUGGACUGGCGGCCGUCUCCAAUUUGUCGAUGAAUCAGACUUUGGAUGGCCACAAGGAGUCGGUUCGGGUCGUCACCUGGAACGAUGCACAGCAGAAGCUGACCUCGUCGGACACAGACGGCGUCAUAAUGGUCUGGAUGCUGUACAAGGGCUCCUGGUACGAGGAGAUGACCAACGACCGAAAGAAAUCCACGGUGGCCAGCAUGUGCUGGACCUCUGAUGGGGCCAAAAUCUGCAUUGUGUAUGAGGACGGGGCCAUUAUCGUGGGCUCCGUGGAUGGCAAUCGCAUUUUUGGCAAAGAACUCAAGGGCACCCACCUCACGGGCGUCCAGUGGAGUCCCGAUAAUCGUCUCAUCCUCUUUGCUUUGGCCAGUGGCGAGUGCCAUCUGUACGACAAUCAGGGAAACUUUGCCAUGAAGCUCAACAUUCAGUGUGUGCGGCUCAAUGGAUCUUCGUCGGCUCGGGGUCAGCGCAUAGCCAGCAUCUGUUGGUUCAGCGGUCGCUCGCCUAACCGCCGCAAUCGUCCCGUUCUGGCCAUUUGCUACGAGUGCGGCAAGGUGCAGAUAAUGCGCAACGAAAACGACGAUGGGCCCGCCAUCUUUGACACUAAAAUGCGAAACGUGGAUGCAAAGUGGAACCACGACGGCAGCGUGCUGGCCAUCUGUGGCACCUCACUGGAGGCGACAGUAGCGCCAGCGCAGCGGGACAACAACCAGGUGUGCUUCUACUCGCCGCUGGGCCGGAUCUAUCGCACCUUGAAGGUACCAGGCAGUGACAUCACCUCCCUCAGCUGGGAGGGCAAAUCGCUGCGCAUCGCCAUGGCCGUGGACUCGUUCAUCUACUUUGCCAACAUCCGGCCCGACUACAUCUGGUGCUACUUCGAGAAGACGGUCGUCUUUCUCAACAGCCACAGCAGCAGCGGCAAUGGCGUCAGGGAGACGCCCAUGAGCGUGAUAACCUUCUGGAACACGGUAUCCAACCAGAGCUUCCUGAAGGAGGUGGAGCCAACGCUGUGCCUGGCGGCCAGCAGCGAGCACUGCGUCCUGGGCGUGGAGUGUGUCAGCAGCAACAUCAAGGAGAUUGCCCUCAGCACGCUGGAGAAUCGCAGCAAUGCAGCCGACGACAGGGUCUACCAGCUGCUGCUCUGCAACUCCAUUGGCACCACUGUGGACUCCAAGUACACGGACAUCCGACCCUGUUUUGUGGGCAUCAAUUCGAGCUAUGUGGCGAUUGCCUCGCAGGAGGAGAUCCUCAUCUGGCACUAUCACACGCCCAAGAGCGCGUCCAACUUGCAGAGCGUGAAAGCGCGCAAAGAGAAGCGCUUUCACAUUGACGACACCCCGACGGGCGUGGAGAUGGCCAAGGAUCUGAUGCUGGGCAGCGGAGAGGCCCAAUCGCAUCGUCGCAUCAGCGAUCCCAUCUGUGCGCUGGCUCUGUCCGAGAAGCUGCUGCUGGUGGCCCGCGAAUCGGGAGCCAUCAACGAGUACAGCAUUGCCAAUGUGGCGCUGCGGAAUCGCCACAUGAUGAGCUCCAAGGUCUACAAGAUGGCCAUCAACUGCAAUUCGACUCGAGCGGCCAUUAUAGACCACAUGGGUGUGAUGACGUUGCUGGACUUGGACGACAAUCGGGAGACGCAGCUGAACUUCAGUCGGGUGGAGCGCAAGGAUGUGUGGGCCGUCAGCUGGGCCAAGGACAAUCCGCUGCUGCUGGCGCUGAUGGAGAAGACGCGCAUGUACAUCUUUCGGGGCAACGAUCCGGAGGAGCCCAUCUCCUGCUCCGGCUACAUUUGCACCUUUGAGGACCUGGAGAUCACCAGCGUCCUGCUGGACGACAUCAUAAGCAUUGGCGAGCUGCAAAACUCCUCGCACAUCAUUCAGCUGCGCGUCAAGUCGCUGCGCGACACCGAUGACCUACUGGAGCAUGUUGGACUCGAGGAUGCGAAACAGUUCAUCGAGGACAAUCCCCAUCCGCGCCUGUGGCGACUGCUGGCCGAGUCGGCGCUGAAGAAACUGGAGCUGGACACGGCCGAGAAUGCGUUUGUGCGUUGCGCCAACUAUCCGGGCAUCAAGCUGAUCAAGCGGCUGCGCACCAUCAACACCCAGGAGCUGCAGCGGGCCGAGGUUGCCGCCUUCUAUGGGGAGUACGAGGAGGCCGAGAAGCUGUACUUGGAUGCAGAUCGCAGGGAUCUGGCUAUCGAGCUGCGCAUGACGCUCUGCGAUUGGUUCCGCGUGGUGCAGCUCUACCGCAUGGGCGGCUCGGGGGUGUCUGACCAGCAGAUGGAGACGGCCUGGCGGGAGAUCGGGCAUCACUUUGCGAAUCUCCGAUCGUGGGAGAGCGCCAAGGAGUACUACGACAAGUCGCACUACAUCGAGGGCUUCAUGGACGCCCUGUACCAUCUGGAGCAGUUCGAUGAGCUGGAGGAGUGCGUGGAGAAGCUGCCGGAGAAGAGUCCGCUGCUGCCCAAGCUGGCGGAGAUGCUGGCCUCCGUGGGCAUGUGCGCGGAGGCGGUGCAGGCGCACCUGAGGUUCGGCGACCAGAAGGCAGCCGUCAACACGUGCGUGAAUCUGCGGCAGUGGGGCGAGGCCGUGGCGCUGGCCCAGAAGUAUCAGAUGCCGCAGGUGAGCACACUGAUUGCCAAGCACGCGGCACAGCUGCUCAACGAGGGCCGCCUCACGGAGGCGAUUGAGAUGCAGCGCAAUGCCGGACGCUACCUGGAUGCGGCCCGGCUCCUGGCCCAGCUGGCGGAGCGGGAGCUGGAGAAGCGUGCCCCGAUGCUGCGCAUCAAGAAGAUCUACAUUCUGGCCGCCCUGCUCGCUGAGCAGUACCUCAAGGCGGUGGCCACGCCCGAAAUCGACUAUGCCAGUGGCCGGAACACGCUCUUGGACUCCAUCAGCCUGGAGGAUGCCGCCUGCAUUGAGCGCAUGUGGCACUGUGCCGAGGCCUAUCACUUCAUGCUGCUGGCCCAGCGACAGCUGCGCUUCGGCAUCAUCCACAGUGCCCUCACCACGGCCAUCCGCCUGCGGGAAUACGAGGAUGUGCUGCCCCUGGAGGACAUCUACUGCCUGGUGGCUCUCGCCAGCUGUGCUGACAGGGCGUUUGGCACCUGCUCCAAGGCAUUCGUGAAGCUGGAGACGCUCAGCCAUCUGCCCGAGAAGACGCUGCACGAGUACGAGCAGCUGGCGCGGAGCAUCUUCUCCAAGUACGAGCCAGAGGACGCAGACUUGGACAUGGUUGCCUGCUAUUCCUGCGGCGUGCCCGUGCCCGACAGCUCGCCCGCCUGCAUGGAGUGCGGUGCCCGUUUUCCGGCCUGCAUCUCGUCGGGGAAGCCCAUUCUACAGCCGACAAACAACAUUUGGAUAUGCACCACUUGCCACCAUUGUGCCUCGCCCCUGGAGAUCUCGCGACAUCGGUCCUGCCCCUUGUGCCACAGUUUGAUUGCCUCCGUGACCGAAGAAAUGUAACUCGCAGCGGGAAUGGAAACCUGCAAUAAUAAAAUACACAAUAGAUAAUAAUUUGAAAGUGCGCCAAUAAAUAUGUAAGCAACUUUGCC